CCUGUGUGUGCAGUCAUGUCCAGGAUCGCAACCUUCUACGAAGGCAAGUCCAUUCUCAUCACUGGGGCCACCGGCUUCCUGGGCAAGGUACUUCUGGAGAAGCUUCUGCGCACGAGCCCUGACCUUAGGGUCAUCUACAUCCUGGUGAGGCCCAAGGCUGGGCAGACGCCACAACAGAGGGUGGACCAGUUGCUCAGUUCUAAGCUGUUUGAUAAAGUCAGAGAAACAAGUCUAAACGUGCAUGAGAAGAUCCAAGCCAUCUAUGCUGAUCUCAAGCAUCAGGAUCUGGGCAUUAGCAAGGAAGACAUGAAGGAACUGCUGUCCAGCACCAACCUCAUCUUUCACUGUGCUGCCACCGUGCACUUCAAUGUCUCCCUGAGAAAUGCUGUGCAGCUUAACGUCACAGCCACACAGCAGCUUCUGAACAUUGCCAGCCAGAUGCCCAGCCUGGAAGCCUUUGUCCACAUCUCGACUGCCUAUUCCAACUGCAACCUCAAACACAUAGAUGAGGUGGUGUACCCAUGUCCCACGGAGCCCCAGAAAAUCAUCGCCUCUAUGGAGUGGUUAGAUGAUGCCAUUAUUGAUGAAAUCACCCCCAAGCUGCUCAGAGACUGGCCAAACAUUUACACCUAUACCAAGGCUCUAGCAGAGAUGGUGGUGCAUAUGGAGGGUCAGAACCUAAACAUGGCCAUUGUCAGGCCCUCCAUCGUGGGAGCUACCUGGCAGGAACCUUUUCCAGGUUGGGUAGAUAGCCUGAAUGGACUCAAUGCACUCAUUAUUGCGACUGGGAAAGGGCUGCUCCGCUCUGUGAAGGCUUCUCCAAGGGCCAUGACAGAUGUGAUCCCAGUGGAUACUGUGAUCAACCUCAUUUUGUCUGUUGGCUGGUACACAGCAGUGCAUAGACCGAAAUCAACACAGAUCUACAACUGUACAUCAGGUGCCCACAACCCUUGUAAAUUGGGAGAAAUGGGUAUAAAGCUCAUGGCUACUUUAGAGAAAAUUCCCUUUGAGAGAGCUUUCAGGAUACCCAACGCCUGCUUUGUCCGUAGUAACUUGUCCAGGGAUUACUGGAAUGCUGUCAGCCACUGGGGUCCAGCAGCCAUUUACGACCUGUUUCUGUGGCUCACAGGCAGGAAGCCCCGGUUUCUGAAGAUCAUAAGCCAACUUAUGAGAACAAUUAACAUGGUGGAGUACUUUGGAAACCACAGCUGGGAGUGGAGCGUGAACAACAUGGAGAUGCUCAUGGCAGAGCUGAGCCCUGAAGACCAAAAAAUGUUUAACUUUGAUGUGCGCCGGCUGAACUGGCUGGAAUACAUCGAAAACUAUGUUCUUGGAGUAAAGCAAUACUUACUGAAAGAGGAUGUAUCUGGAAUUCCCAAAGCUAAGAAACACUUGAAAAAGCUCCAGAACAUGCAGUACCUCUUCAACAUGGCCCUCAUCCUCCUCACCUGGUACCUUCUUAUCACACGCUCCCAGGUAAUGCAAAACAUCUGGUUCUUCCUUGUGAAAUUCGGCUACAAGCUCCUCACCUACUUACAGGAAUCCUGUUCAUUCAAGUUCUAA